GGGGUUUGUGGAUAGGUGGAUCAAUGCGCCACCAGCCCAGAACUGGAGAAAGAGCCUAUUCGUACAGAGCAUAGGGUACCAAUUGUUGUCCAUUUAAAAGGGCUGAAAAUUAGACGUGUUUGAUAGAUUUUGUGUAGAAUAGUCUGGAGGAGAGAGGAGAGUGGGGGUGUAGCCUUUGAGCCUAUGGUAAUAAGAGAGAGAGGCACCGCGCGGCUGAGGGUGGAUAGUGUAAUGCUGAGCUACAGCUUACUGGCAAAACGAAGGUUGUCUUUUCAGCUGAGAGCCAGCAGCGUCUUCUCCACCCUUCCUCCAUGGUGCUUCUGUGAUUAACACAUAGCUGCCUACAGCCACUGGACCUUGCGCCUCUAGUGACGCUCCAUCCUCAGCCUACGCGCUCAAAGAGACAGCCGCGUCAAAGGAGCUGGUGUCUGUCCGUGCCAUGUGCCGAGCUACACGGAUGUGUGAAUUCAUGCGGUGACAGCGGAGGGGAAUGGAGAAGUUGCCAUCAAAUUCCUGCAGACGCACCGACGGUGGCAGCGGAGAGCCUGUCAACUGAAGAUCAGCGGCCAACGCAACACAGCCGGUUAUAACAGGGCGCCAAGGAACGAAAUCAGUGGUCAGGUGUCACCUUCCAUUUCAACCACAACGAUGGGGGAGCAGCCCAUCUACAGCACACGGGCGCAUGUCUUCCAGAUCGACCCAAACACCAAGAAGAACUGGCUGCCCACGAGUAAACACGCAGUCACCGUCUCCUACUUCUACGACAGCACCAGAAAUGUCUACCGCAUCAUUAGCCUGGACGGUACUAAGGCAAUAAUCAACAGCACGAUCAGCCCCAACAUGACGUUCACCAAGACCUCACAGAAGUUUGGCCAGUGGGCGGACAGUCGUGCCAACACGGUCUAUGGCCUGGGAUUCUCCACAGAGCAUCAUCUAUCCAAGUUUGCUGAAAAGUUUGCAGAGUACAAAGAAGCAGCUCGACUUGCAAAAGAGAAGAGUCAAGAAAAGAUGGAAAUGGCAACAUCUCCUUCGCAGGAGUCUCCUGCGGGUGAGCUCACUUCACCUUUGACCCCUGUGACCCCUCCGAUGGAAACCUUGAACGGCACAGAUGAGAUCUGUGACACCACUCCAAACUCGGACAGCCGCCCUGAGCCAGCGCAGAAUGCUCUGGCUUUUGCACACAGCCCUGCCAUGACGAAGCACUGGGAAGCCGAACUGGAGGCGCUAAAGGGAAACAACGCUAAACUCACGGCUGCGCUGCUCGAGUCCACAGCCAACGUCAAACAGUGGAAGCAACAACUGGCCGCGUACCAGGAGGAGGCAGAGAGACUACACAAACGGGUAACAGAGCUUGAAUGUCAAAGCAACCAAACACCUGUGAUCAAAUCCCAGAAGACUGAACUGAACCAAACCAUAGAAGAAUUAGAGGCCACACUAAGGGACAAAGAAGAGGAAAUGGAAAAGCUAAAAGAAGAACUUGAAAACAUGAAUGAUCUUAUGGAGCAGAAAGACACCCUCACUCAGAAACUCGAGGAAACAGAGCUGCGCAGUCGAGUUCUGGAGGAGCAGUUGGCUGGAGCUGAGCAGCGAUUGGAGGAGAACCAGGAAGAGCAGGAGAACUUCAGGAAGAGCCUGAGGACGCUGCUGGAGCUUCUGGACGGGAAGAUCUUUGAGCUGACGGAGCUGAGAGACACUCUGGCACGACUCAUAGAGGAGGCCAGCUAGAAAACUGCUGCCUAACACUAUACAGACAGAAACAGCCAUACGAUUAUACACAUAAACCCUGGUAACUACCCCAAACACCUAAAUACACUGCCCUGGUUCAUAUAGCGAUUGAAAUGGGUAGUACUUUGUUUUUUAAUGAACAUAUAGGUAGCUUUAGACAUCACCUCAUUACUGCCUUCUCAUUGGCUAUAGGGUGGGUGUAACCAUGAUUUUAAUUGAUCUUGAAUGUCACACUUGAACGUGGAUGGCUGAGUUGGUUCACAUUAUUUCCUACAGAGAUUUCAUUUGAGAACUGUGCCUAUGUGCCAUCUGCUGUUUGUUUGGGAGAGCAGCACGACCGCUUACCCCGGUUUUCUUCCCCAUCAAAGGGAUUUGUCCCAAGUCAAAAUGGAAAUAAUUGCAGUUAAAAUUCAAUGGACUGUACCAAAGCUGCAGAAUCCUCCCAAAUAUUGUCAUCUUGCAAGCAGAUUCUGCAAUCCAAAGUGACUUGACUUUACAAAGCGGAGUACUGGACAGUUUGAGAAGCCAGCCAGGAGGACACACGAAGCUGCUGGGAAGUAGUGUUUUGACAUUACUAGACAAACUGUAAUGUACAUCUAAUAUGGAGUUUGACGGAGGCAUUGGUCACAUCACACAUACAUUUUCAAGUGGCAUGCUGUAGAUUUGACUAUCCAGACGGCUUCCACAGCUAUCACAGACGACUGAGCUGUCUUCCUGCCAAACUCAGUGUGGUGUGUUAAAAAAGAAAACAAAAAAACAAGGCCUUUUUGACAUAAUUUUAAAGUGUGCCUUGGAAGCACAUGUAAGUGGACUUGUUUGUAUAUAAUGUAGUGUGGCUGUGAAGUGUGUUUUUGUGCCGUCAAGACAAGAUCAAGGCCUGUACUUUCACACACACUCCAUGCACUGAGCAAUAUCGGACAAGCUCUCCUAUAUCUAUCUAACACUAUCAGGUAUACUACUCAGCGAACUCAUGUUGUAGAUAUUUCUUAUUUAGGUUCCACUCAGAUCUGACCCCUCGCCCUUCCUAUCUAUCGUCCAAUUGAAAGUGUACUACUGUUGACCGCUAUCCUGUGUGGCAGCCCCGAGCGGUCCAAGCGAAUGUGAAGGGCUUAAAGAGCGUCAUCUUUGCCUCCACACCGCCCAGAUAAUUCACACACGCGUACAUACAAUUGUACUUUUAUUUCUUAUUUGUUUUUUACACUGACUAUAAUUAUAAUAUAGUGGACUAAUACAUCACUAUCGGACACUUUUUACUCAUGUUGUAAAUGAAUUGAGGAAAAAUGGCAAUUGUGUUAACUGGAUUUAGCAUUACAUGUUUGUAAUGACAAUGUAAGGGCAAGAUCUGUGUAAAAGUCCUUAACACAAAUUUUCAGUGUUAACAUUGGAAUCAAGGUGAAAAUCUGUAAUUUUGUACUCACUCUCCUUGAAUCCUAAUUAAAUGCCCCCUUGCCCUCAUUUAUGAGUUAAGCCCAAUAAGCCUGAACAAGUCCAGUUUUUACUUUUUACUGACUAUUAACUUAUAAAAAUACCUUAAAAAUAUUGUGGUAUCCACUGUAAAAUGUAAGCAACUGUAAGGGUGGCACAUGUUUCCAGAUGAUAAAAAGAUAAACAAAAUGAAAUGUUCUCACAAUAAAAUAUUUAUUCUUUAACAGUCGAAUGGCAAAGAUGGGAUACCCUAUUAUAAAUGCUCUUGUUAAUGAAUGCCUUUGUACAGUAGUGAAUAAGCUUUUCAUUCUCCUGUUUUGUAACUGAUGGUAUUCAAUGUAGGUAUCAUUAUUAUUAUUAUUAUGAUUAUGAUUAUUAUUAAUAUUGUAUUUAGAGGUAUGAAAAGACUGCAAUAUUUUUGACUAUUUAAAGUAAUUUUGAACUAUUUAAAGAGGUACCUCAGGCUAUGAUGAUGUAAGAUGGGUGGGACGUGCGUUUGCAGGUGAAUGGACAUAACGCUGGUGCUUCAGCCAAACUAAAUUCUUUGUUGAGCUCAGACAAAGACAAUGCCUACAAUUGGGCUGUGUACGCUCUUCUGUGAACUAUAUGAAAUGCUAUGUUUUAUAUUCAAAUACAAACCACAGAAUUAAG